AUGAUGGCCGUCAUUCGUACGAAACCGAACGGUCGCGUGCUGGGCGUUGAUAUUAAUCCAGCCCAGCCUUUGAAGGGUGUGUCCGCGAUACAAGGGAACUUCUUAGACCCCAAAGUUCAAGCUCACCUUCAAAUGCUUCUUCGGGGCCCGGAAGGAGACAAGUCUUCUGAAAUCUCGGAUACACGCGGCGUAAAAUCAAAGGAGAACUUGAAUAGCACAUCCCAAGAUCGUAGCGAAAGGACAGUGGAUGUUGUUCUAAGCGAUAUGAUGAUGAAUACAAGUGGCAUAAGCUCAAAAGAUCAUGCCGGAAGUAUGGACCUCUGCCACGCUGCGUUGCUCUUCAGUUACAAGGCUUUGAAAAUCGGUGGCCACUUCAUCUGUAAAUUUUAUCAAGGUGCUGAGGAUCGUGACCUGGAAUAUCAACUUAAAGCGCUCUUCGAAAAAGUACACAGGGUCAAGCCACAAUCGUCGCGCAACGUAUGUAGUUAACAUGAGAGUUUUCUCAAAAUAACCUCACUAAUUUAAUGAUCAGGAAUCCAAAGAGGCAUUUUUCAUUGGCCUCCGUCGCAAACAAACGACCAAAGAUGAACCAUUCACGGGGACACAUGACAAAGAUGCAAAAUAGCGGACGCCCAUGCGACACUCAACAGCUAGAUGUGUUGGCCUUACACGGCCAAUUCUUCCUCAUCAGACAAUUCAUCCCAUUCUAUGUCGGCAAUCGUUUCCUCGGCUUUUGAUUGAACCUUGCAGCUUUUUAGUGAUUGCGCUUGUGGGGGGGACUAAUGAGAGUGACUCACCUCCUUCAGCCCGCUUAAUUCCUCGACAUACCCAGGUUCAUUCAAUGCCUUCUGCACAAACUCCCAACCUUGACUCUUGAAGGCGCCAACGAUGUUGUCCGAACAGGCACUACAGGAAGGGUAGCUCCUCCCGUGGAUAGUAAUGUUCUCAAAAGUCGAGAGAAAUCCUCGAAUUUGAUGUGGCACUAGUCCCAAGGGGUGAUCGUUUUGAUCAUCGCUUUGGGAUACCGGGGCUGGGGCUGCAACUCCGUCAGGGUGCUGGAGAAGCGAAACAAGCAGCUCAACUAAGAGGGCCGAGGCAAUGGCAGCUACACCAGGCCUAGUCACAGUGCAUUGCUGAUCAAGUGUCUGGUCCUUGACCGA